AUGGCCACAGCCUUUGAAGCCUAUUCCACUCAACUCAACCGCUCAUGCUGGAGAAUCCCAGAGUGGGUCUUGCCGACGUUACAAAUAGAUCCAGUGCUCCUUCACCGUGGCAACAGCCCACUCCUUCUCAUAUUCAAUCAUGCGGUUUUCACUCGCAUGCGUACUAGACUUCCUCGAGAACUCCGUGACCUGAUCUGGUCGCACUUCUGGGACGAUGAGUCCUUCGAAAGCACAUCCAUUUACAUGAGACAGAUGCUGAGUGGAUGCAAGAAAUGCAAACUCCUCCAUGACCUCUGUUCAUACCAUACUCAGUUGCCACAUUUUCUCCAGCCAGAUCUUGUAGACCAUGAAAUGGUUCGGGAGGUGGUGGAAUGCUGGUACAUGGUAGCAAAGGCACAUGAAAAAACACCCCACGCACAUGAUCUUUCCGAAGUGUCGCAGUUCAUCCAUGGCGACUCUUUUGGUGUCGGGAUCGAUCCAACACAGGUCCUCCGGUGUCUGCACAUUUCCUUUCGCUUAGCAGAACUCGUUCCGCCUGCUACCGAGGUAGAGAAGUGUUCAACGAAGCAGAUCAAGACUGUAGCAGAGCAGCAAGAGCUGAUCACCAAGCCGCUGCUUGCGAUCAAGAACAAACGGGGGUUCAAGCUUACAAUUUCGUUUGCGCAGACGCGGAUCAGGCUGAAUCUAUGGCAGCACGUCAUUGAUACGUUUGGUGAGCCAGUAAAAGCGUUUUUGAAUGAAGGUGGAACGGUCGAGGCGUCAUUUGAAUAUCAGUACUUUGGAGAGGUCGAUCGCAAAGCGGUAUAUGACUUUAGUGGUGCACUCGAAGACCCCGAAAGGGAUUGGAAGAAUGAGGCCAAGACUUGGUUGGACAAGCAAAAUGACAUUGAGCCCUGUCAUCGUGCUUACCGAGAUGAGCAUCUUCCUACCUUCAAUCCAGAAGACUGGCGAUACUACACUGAAGACGAAUACGAUUCUGAGCAGAACAUUGCCAAUCAUGACUGGGAUGAGACUCCAGAAGAAGACCAUUCCCAACUGCCUACAUUAUGA